AUGCAAAGUCAAAGAGGAGACACUACCAUAAUCAGCAACAGGAGCAGGACCCGCAGCAGACACCAACAACUCCCACAACAACAACAACAACAACAACAACAACAACAACAACAACAACAACAACAACAACAACAACAACAACAAUGA